AUGUACCUUUUAAAACUGCGUGGUGGAGUCGUGUUUCCCUCACGAAUUUACUGCACGCAUCAAGUGCAGAAGAGAUUCUACCUCAUAAAAAGCGACAAGAAGAAAGAUGAGGAAAUCGAAGACGUCGAGUUGGUACCGAUAUUUGAACACGACCAGGUGACACAGAAGGCGUCGCUGCCGAAAGUCGUCUCAGAGCAACAACACGGCUGUGAUUGUGAUGAACCGCUGUCUAAGCAUUUGAUGAACACUGUGGGUGGGACACCCUACCGCGUUAGCUGGUAUGAGUUUCAAAGUGUCAGUCCGGCUAAGCAGUUUGUGUACUGGGCGUACCGGCGACUUCGCGACCUUCCACCGGAAUGGCAGGAGUAUUACCGCCGCAUGCUGUACCAGGAGGUCGCUGCCAGCCGCUACGUGAACCAAACCUGGGAUUGCUUUUUGAUGGUCGUCGAUGGGUAUCGUAAAGCAAAAUGGGUCUUGCGAAAAUACGGUGUGAAAGUCGACGAGAGUCUGAUUCCGCGGCCUUACAACAAUUUUUGGGAGGAAACAACACACGAAGAGCGGGUUUGGGCACAUCGUCGAUCGCACCAAAUGAAAGAGCUACAGGCCAUGCAACGCGACGACGACGAGAUCGUUUUUGGUGCGAAUGUUAUGGACAGAAAGGAGGUGUCGUAUUCCUCUAUGAAAAAUUUGCAAACGGGUAUGCAAGGCGGCACUCCAAUUCACGCUCAUGAUCUAUCCGCGCCGAAGGAGUCAGACCUCACCAUGUCGCGCCAGGACGAAGAAAUGAGCAGUGCCCUCAUGUCAAGCAUCGAGGACGACAAAUUGUGGAAUCCAGUUCUCAAGUCACGGCUGCAUACGCGGCGACAGCGAGACGAAGUCGAGCUUUAUGCCUUUGAAGAUGACGACGAGAAUUGCGACGAUGACACUUCUGGAGCACAAAGAACACCCUAG